AUGGCGCCUUCAAGCCCGCCAUUGCCACAGUUCGAGGAGGCCAAGUCCACGACCUCGACGGUUCUGUGGCAGCUCUACCACCAUCGACCGCGUUCUCCACGAGCCAUUGCGCUGUCCGUCCUGACCUUCUUCGUUCUUCUGUACAUGUUGAAUACCUCUUCAAGCCAAUCAGAACCCAACUUCUGGACUAAAUUCCCCUCCCAGCAUCCAUUCCCCGAACGCCCCGAAGAUGCGCAGGUCGCACUCCCUCAACGCAACGAUAUUACCAUCAAUGAUACCCUCCCGCACGACCUAGAAAAGCCAAACCCCCAGCUCCAUAUCCUUCUUCCCGCCCAAAGGUCCUCGCGUGGCUCAUGCCGCACGAUCACCUCAGCCAUGAUCUUAGGAUACCCACCUCCAACAUUGAUCGGCUAUGGGCACGAAGCACACGGGACCACCGAUUUUGAACAAAUGGUCGGUCGGAUGAAACGAACUCUCGCUUACCUAGAGCACUCAAGGACCGUGAAGGAUCGAGACAUCGUGCUCCUUGUCGACUCCGAGGACGUCUUCUUCCAGCUUCCCCCUCAAGUACUGGUUACGCGCUUCCAGAAUAUCCUCCGCAAGAAUAAUAAAGACCUGUUGAGGAAAUAUGGUGUCACCACAGUCAACAGACCCGGUCCAAAAACCGCACCAGCCGUCGUGCAGAAAUACACCCAGCGCGUUCUGUUCGGUGCCAGUAAAAAGUGCCACGGCGCCCACGCAACCGAUCCAGGCUGUGUCUCGAUCCCGGAGUCUUCGUUGCCACCUGAUGUUUAUGGCUGGAAAACUGAUAUUCAUCCCGAUGGGUUCUUGAAUCGACCAAGAUGGCUGAACCCGGGUACCGUCAUCGGGCAAGCGGCCGAUUUGCGAUUGAUCUUCAAAGAAGCUCUACGCAUUAUUGAGCAGCGCCAAAAGAAGAAUGGCGAUGAAGAAGCCUUUACCCAAAUCUACGGGCGUCAAGAAGUCGUCAGAGAGCUAGAGCGUCGCCGUACGGUGAGCCUCUUCAAAGAGUGGGGAUACAAGCUUCUAGGCAUAUCGGAUGCAACCAACAUCUCGACAAUAAACAUCAGGCUGGAGACAGAACAUCGCUAUGAAUAUGGCAUUGGCGUUGAUUUCGAGUCCGAACUUUUCUUCAACCAGCUUCUCUCAGCUGACGAUGUCGAGUGGCUCAAGUACAGCAAUGUCACCAAAACCUCCGCACUCCAAGGAUCCAUGGGCGUGCCUCGAGAGCACCGUCUCCUGCUUCCUACAGAUGUUGCGGCCCUCCCAAACCCCUUCAACUACAGCCUCCUUGCACUCAACCAGACAACAUUGCCCUUAUGGAACAAGACUCUCGAUAAAUUGCCGAACCCAGAGGACCACACUUGGAAUGACAUUCCUCUCAUGACAAAUGCCCAUUCAGCCUCUGUACCGGUCCUCGCGCAUGUGAAUGGUAACACGAAGCUUCGCAACACCUGGUGGGAAAAGAUGUGGUUCUUCCCUUGGGCUCGUGCCCUCCUUCGCCGAUACGUCCGUGCUUCCCAAGGCUUCGACGCCGCCCAGUCUUCUCUCCUAGGCGGUGCCGACUGGUGGGACAUGCGUGGUGGUCGCGGCGGAGUGUGGACUGAUCAUGAGAGCUGGGUCCGCUUUGCAGAUGUCUGUCAAGGCCAAGAACGAGACCUAUUCGAUGAUGACCUCGGUCCUUGGGGCAAGGAGAACGGAGACCCCGACGAGCCCGUCUACAACGAAUGGGGAAAUCUUGUUUAUGGCAAAGAGCCGCCGCAGCUACCGCAGCCGCCACAGCUUAAUGAUAUUAAUGACCACUGGUAA